UCUCCCUCCGAUCGGCUUUUAGUCCAAAGUUUUCCUCCUCCCCCAAAACAUCCGCACAAUCCCGUCCCUCGACGGUUUCUUUACUUCCAAACCUUGCGUCGCUCUCAUGGUGGAGUAGUGACAAUUAUUACUUAAACCGGUUUGGAUUUUCACAUUCCUUGUGGAAUUCUCGAUGAGUUAUCAAGACAUGUAUCACGAUCAUUCUGCGCGUUCCCCUGGGUCUCAGAGACAUCAACAACCCCUACACCGUCAACCUUCUCGACAGUUUGACGCAUACGGUCCUAUGCCGACCAACAUGUACGAACAGGAUCAGAUGCGUUACGAGUCCGCUCGCCUCGAACGCCUGAACCCAUCCCUGCAGAACAAUUACGGAUAUGAUAUCUCCGGCUCGCAGACUUGGAACCCCAACGGUUUUGCUAAUGCACAAACACUCGGAGGAAUUCGCUCAGCUUCCGCCAGUUUGAAGCCGAAUGCCCGUGGACGUGCAGGCCUUCCCACGACGUGGUUGGAUCAGCAGCCGAAUAUUCCCCAAGCAUUCUCGAACCUGGGCCCUGGUCCCAUUCAGAGCAGCGCCAUGCGACCGGAAGCCUCCGCUUCAUCUGCCGACGACGACGAAUUGAUCCCAACCGCGAUUGUCAUCAAGAAUAUCCCUUUUGCCGUAAAGAAGGAGCAGUUGGUGCAGUUGAUGACAGAGCUCAACCUUCCCCUUCCCUACGCAUUUAACUAUCACUUUGACAAUGGUGUCUUCCGUGGUUUGGCAUUUGCCAACUUCACUUCCGCCGAGGAGACAGCAACUGUGAUCGAGGUGCUCAACCACUUUGAGCUACAGGGUCGGAAAUUGCGAGUCGAGUACAAGAAGAUGCUUCCCCUGCAGGAACGAGAACGGAUCGAACGCGAGAAGCGGGAGCGCCGUGGCCAGCUGGAAGAACAGCAUCGCCCGAUGGGAGGAGGCCCUCAGCUCCAGACCCAGAGCUCCAUGUCUUCACUCACCUCGCACAUCCCGGCAACCUCCCCAUCGCCCGUGUCCCAGCGUGGCCAAAAGAUUGAUGUGGACUUGAACGACACCCAGACCCUUUCUUACUACUCCCAACUACUCCUGUUCAAGGAAGAUACUGUUCGCGAUUCUGUGAUCUUCCCCCACAACCUCACUCCAUCCCAACGCCGUACAGUCCACACCCUGGCCCACAACAUGGGCUUGGGUCAUGCUUCACGUGGCAGCGGCGAACAGCGCCAGGUGCAAGUCUUCAAGAUCGCCGCCGGUGCCAAUUCGGACAGUGGUCGCCGUGGCCUUAACCGGGCGGCAACCAUCGACUUCAGUGAGGCUCGCCAAGAGGGGCCAGGGGCUUUUAACACCUUGCGUGGACAGAACUCGGGCUUUCUGGGCGUGAUGGACUCUCCUGGCAACUUUGCCAAUGGCCAGAACCUGCGGGCUGCCAAGUCCUUUGCCGACCUGCGAUCUUACACCCCGUCGCCCGUGCCUUCCUCCGCUAGCUUCCCCGCCGCAUUGCAGUCCAACGGUGCCCGCCUCCAGUAUGAGGGCGCGCCCACUGCUACUUCCAACACCCCGACCCUCACCCCUGUGCAGUCUGGUUCCUCUCUUGGCAUGCAGCGUGACGACAACCUGCUGGUCAACAGCCUGGGUGGUCUGUCCCUCGGCACCGGUAUUGGUGGCCCCAACUCGAGCCCCCGUCGGCUGAGAGGCAUGUUCUCUUGGGAACAGGACAGCCAACAAUCUAACGCUGGCGCCAUUGGUAGCAACCGUGGCAUGGGCAUGGGAUAUGACGGCCAGCAGGAGCGCAUGCCCGUCCGCCAACCCCGUGGCCCGACCCCUGAUAAGGGCACCGGAUUUCGCCGGCAGAACGGCCACCAAGCCCGCGGAAGCGAUGAGCUCCGCACCAACUCCGGAGUAGAGAUCAUCGUGGAGUAG